AUGGCGGCGGCGCCGGCGGCGGGAGGGCAGGGAGGCGGCAUGGACGCCGCGCUCCUCGACGACAUCAUCCGCCGUCUGCUCGAGGUGCGGACGGCGCGCCCCGGCAAGCAGGUGCAGCUCUCCGAGUCGGAGAUCCGCCAACUCUGCACCGCCUCCCGCGACAUCUUCCUCACCCAGCCCAACCUCCUCGAGCUCGAGGCGCCCAUUAAAAUCUGCGGUGAUAUCCAUGGUCAGUACAGUGAUCUUUUAAGGCUAUUUGAGUAUGGAGGUUUUCCCCCAGAAGCCAACUAUCUAUUCUUAGGCGAUUAUGUUGAUCGAGGCAAACAGAGUCUGGAGACUAUAUGCCUCCUCCUUGCAUACAAAAUCAAGUACCCCGAGAACUUUUUUCUUCUGAGAGGCAACCAUGAGUGUGCUUCAAUAAACAGAAUAUAUGGAUUUUAUGAUGAAUGCAAGCGUCGCUUCAAUGUGCGGCUAUGGAAGGUCUUCACCGACUGUUUUAAUUGUCUCCCUGUGGCCGCUCUAAUCGAUGAUAAAAUAUUAUGCAUGCAUGGUGGCCUUUCUCCUGAUCUGGGACACCUAGAUGAGAUAAAAAACUUGCCCCGUCCUACCGAUGUGCCAGAUACAGGUCUACUAUGCGAUCUUCUUUGGUCUGAUCCAGGAAAAGAUGUCCAAGGGUGGGGCAUGAAUGAUAGGGGCGUUUCAUACACAUUUGGCCAUGACAAAGUUACGGAGUUCCUUCUAAAGCAUGAUCUUGAUCUUAUUUGCCGUGCCCACCAGGUUGUCGAGGAUGGGUAUGAAUUCUUUGCUGACAGGCAACUGGUCACCAUAUUUUCGGCUCCCAACUAUUGUGGUGAAUUUGAUAAUGCUGGAGCAAUGAUGAGUGUUGAUGAAACUUUGAUGUGUUCAUUUCAAAUUCUCAAACCUGCUGAGAGAAAAAUCAAAUUUAUGGCGUCAAACAAAAUGUGA